UUUCAUUGCUUGCACACCUCUCCCUCUCUCUCUCUCUCUCUCUCUCUAGAUCUCUCUCUCAUGGAGAAUUAUUCCAUACUAUUCCCAUCACAGCCAUGUUCUUCUUCUCCUCCUGAUCCUUCUUAUUACUCUCCUCAUGAUGAUCAUCAUUUGAAUGAUCACUCCCAAAUCUUUCUCUCUCAACAUUUCCACAACAACCCAUCAAGUGGUUUCAUGGUGUUGAAGGAGUUGAAGGAGGUGGAGGAGGAGGCUAAGUUAACACAUGCACUCUCUUACCACCAAGCCUACAAUGAAGCUCAUCCUAACAUGGAAUACUCCGCGCUCGACGACGAGCCCGCGAGAGGCGAGUUAGCGAAGGUCGCAGAUGAGAAGAGCAAGAAGAAGGGGGAGAAGAAGGCGAGGAGGCCGCGGUACGCCUUCCAGACGCGCAGCCAAGUCGACAUCCUCGACGACGGAUACCGGUGGAGGAAGUAUGGCCAGAAGGCUGUGAAGAAUAACAAAUUUCCAAGAAGCUACUACAAAUGCACACAUCAAGGUUGCUGGGUGAAGAAGCAAGUUCAAAGGCUCUCCAAAGAUGAAGGUGUUGUGGUGACUACAUAUGAGGGAAUGCACACUCAUCCUAUAGAGAAAUCAAAUGACAACUUUGAGAGCAUUUUGAUUAAUCAAAUGCAACUUUAUCCUAGCUUUUAAUUGUCAACUACAUUAUGACACAUGAAUACUCAACACAAACUUAGAAAUAUUUGUUAGUUAGUUAAUUGUAAAAGAUUAAGAGAGCUUGUGUAAGUUACUUGGUGCUACCAAUACAAAUUAAUUUGCUUUA